GCUGCCUAUCCGACUGUCGCCUGUAACUUGGGAAGUCGGAGCUGUGGGCUGUGAUGUGUUUCUGAAGGAAGUGACGGGAUUGAAUUAAAAAGGAGAGAAACAAGAAAGAUCGAAACUGAACGUGAGAGCGGCGGACCUGCGAUACCACCGCGAGUUGCGCAUCAGCUCCCGAUCUGUCCGUGCCUCCGAGGAAGAAAAGUCCAACGUGGUGGUAGCCUCAAUGCUUCGCCGGGACGAGCCUCCGGAGAGGCACAAAGAGUAAAAACUUUGGGGGGGUGCCGUGCGCGAUACGACCUGUCUGAAAGCAGCGCCGUGCGCUCACACAGAGGUGGGAUGGACGCGUGGGAGCCUCUUGUUCAUGCCGUGAAGCGGAGCGGCCCGGCUGGUGGGAGACGGCCACGAAGUUAGGAGUCGCGCAGCCCCCUUUUGUGUCUCUACGGCUCGCUCUUUUUCACGCUCUCGCUCGCCCGCCCUCCCCCAUAGGGUUUUUCCCCCCCACCAGCACUUUUUUCUUUUCUUUUUCUUUUCUUCUAAUUUAUUCCCGGAAUGUCUACUGCCCGGACUCGACCCCCUUCAGUUCAGCUCGUUUACUUUUUGGCUGCGUUUUGCCUCCUGAAUUGGGCUGCGAAUUGUUCUGAACUGAGAGUGCGGGUCCGGUUGACCGAUGGACAGGUCACCGAGGAGAUACUGGAGGCGGACAGUGAGAAGGACUUUAUCAGUCUGGAGUUCAAAGAAGGGGACGGCACCUUAAUCACUUUCAUCGCAGAUUUUAAACAGGAUGUGAAGCUGUUCCGUGCAUUGAUCCUCGGGGAACUGGAGCGAGGACAGAACCAGUACCAGGCACUGUGCUUCCUCACGAGACUCCUUCCCAAUGAGAUCAUUCCCAGUGAGUCCAUGGCCAAACUCCGGCAGAAAAAUCCCCAAGCAGUACGAAUCGCUGAGGAGCAGCGGGGUGUGGAGCCUCUCACCAUGGAUGUGGCAGUAAACUUCAGCAAGGCCUCACAGCUCAGUGCCCACAUCCACAACGUGUGUGCCGAGGCCCAGGACGCCAUCUACACCCGGGAGGUGGACGUCAAGUACUGGCUGGACAGAGGUGCUGAUGGCUCCAUGUUUGAGAUCCUACCAAAGGCCAGUGACUUCCCUGGCCUACAGAGCUGCCAGGCGAGCGAGGACCUCUGGAGGCCGUGCACCUGCCAGUACAGCCUAAGACUAGAAUGGUACCCCUGUCUCCUCAAGUUCUGCCGCAGUCGGGACAACUCGGGCAAGGUCAGCCCGUACAAGUGUGGAAUUAAAAGCUGCCGCAAGGGCUACCAGUUUGACUAUUAUGUACCGCAGAAGCAGCUGUGCUUCUGGGAUGGGGAAACUUAAGACUGACCCUCACUGCUGGUGGGCAGUGAAUUCUUAUGAAGUGCCUCUGUCUUUAUCUGUCUCUCUGUUUUUCAUUCUUGUGUUUUUACUUUUUUUUUUUUUUUUUUUAAUAACUUAUUUUUGCUAACUGGCCACAAGGCUUUCAAAAGUCCAAAAUCCCAAAGGUGACAUGUGAGGAAUUUUAUUUUUAUUAUCUUAUUUCUGUUUUUUUUUUUUUUUGUUUAAUCCCUGCUUCAAGCCAACAGGAUCAGCCAUCUGUAACAGCUCUUUGGGAACAACUGGUUUUACCUGAGGAUUCUUUUUGAUUUUUUUUUUUUUUUUUUUUUAAAUUUACAGUUUAAAGGAUCCAAGGUUGGCCAAUAAGCACAAAGGUAGCAUUUUGGAAAACCGAGGAAAAUGGAACUGGGUGCUGAUCCCACUUCUCUGUCCAUGACUGUUAAGACACCUAGCAAUUUAAAAUGCAAUUUUGCCAACCUCCUCCACUUCGUCAAGCCAUGCUGACCCCUUCACUUCACUUAACAUAACUGGGGUUCUCCUCAAGUUUCUGACGACUUGUGUAGAGCUAUCCAUUUCUCCCAUGUUACAAUGUAGGCUCUUCUCUGCUCCUUCUCAUGGAUGUACCUCUCCUUUUGCUCAAUUUUGAUAAAUGUAACCCAUCCAGAUCCCCCUGAUAAUGAUAUUCCUUUCCCCAUAAUCACCUAUAUUAUUUUACUUUUGCAACUAUAAAUUUUCCACGGUUCAGGUUGUAUUACAUGAAGGGAAGGGCAAAUGAUGAGAUGUAGGUAGCAAGUGUCCAUUCCACAACUCAUGUCACUGUGCUGUCGUCCUCUUUCUGUAGCCACCCUUUGUCAAAAAUCAUGAACUCAUCUGUAGUUCAGUUGUACAAAUGUAGGCCCUUCCUCUCGUUCUUUGCCUCCUUCGUGAUGCAUUUAGUGACUUCUUUCCGCUUUUGUUAUUUGUAACAUUUCCUCUUUUUCUCUCAUAACAUUAGGAAGCCCCAGAUCUGCUCCCUCAGUAAGUUUACAGGACAUUUUUUUAGGCCCCUUCAGUAUACUCUUGUGUAAUGUUUAGCACAGCCUUUCCUUCCUCAAGAUAUUAGGAAGCUCCUCUUCUUCUUUCUAAUUCAGUAUGGAGUCCAUACCUUAUACAAUAAGGCGGCAGUCAGCCUGGUGGAAGCAUUGCAAGAAAGUGGAGUUCUAAUCAAAACGUCUCUAUAUAUACUAAUACUGUGUAUAUAUAUAUGUGUAUACAGUACUAAUUAAAUAGACGCAGUUUUGCUGCCACAGGUUGAAAUACUGAAAACUAGGAACAGAAACUGAAUGCAAGUGCCUGUCUUGAACACCCCUGCAGUGCUUCAUCUUAGGAUCUUCUUGCAUAACUUUAGCCACCCCAUUCCUGUCUGCUGCAUAGUGAAGUCACCUGUGGUCUAGUUUUACAGAAGUAGGCCCCACCCUGUUUCCCUUUGUGAUAGUUGGCUCUGCUUUUACUCCCUGGUGACAACAGAAAGUUCCACCUCUGCACCCUUAAGUGUAUAGAAGCCACGUCUUCUGCUAAUUUUUUCUUUAUAGCUGUGGUCUUCUCCAGCUUGAGUAGAUUGGACUGUAAAGAAGGGACAAAUGAUGAAAGCAAAUAUGUCUCUCGCAUACCCCUGCAAUAUCUCACAUUUAAUCUCUCCUCAUGUUCCCCCCCCCCCAAGUUUGUACCCCCCACCCUUGUGUUAGGUACAGUAGCUGUCCUUUGCCCCACUUUGUUCUUUUCUAUGAUCUUUGCCCUCUCAUUUGUCCCAUUCUGUGAUGUGCAGCCUAUCCUUUACCCCUGCUAUGUUCCUUUCUGUUAUGUUUGGCCCCUCCCUUUGCACCCUUAUUUUAUGUUUAUCCAGUCCUCUGUCCCUUCCUGACAUCAGCAUGCCCCCGCUGCAGUUCCUCAUUAAGUAUGUGGGCCGCCCCUCAUAUUAAUAUUAAAAAUGUAAUCCUCUCUCCCUUAGGGUGAAAUACUCAAAAGGACAAAUGACAAAACUGAUCAUUGGUCUUAAUCUGUCAUGUCUCAAUUUGAGGUCCUUUCCUCUUGGUCCAUCUGGUCUGACUUGUUCUCAUGUGACAAUUGCCAGUUUAUGCCCGUCCUCUGCACAGUCCUGAUCUAUUCACGCUCUCUUCUGUCACCACACUAGCAGACCCCAAGUUUGCUGUCUCAUUAAGCAGCACACCAGCCUCGUGUUUGUUCUCAAUUUGUAACCUUCUUGAUUUCAUGAUGUAUUCCUGAAAGGGAGGAGAUGGGGAACUUGUAUGAGUGUCCAUAUCAAAAAUACCUCUUAAUGUUCUCAUGAAAACUAUAGCCCCCCUAAUGAUUCACAGCAUAAUAAGACCCCCUUCCUAGAUGCCUUCAUGCAAUGUUAGCUCUUUCUCCUGCGCUCUCAAAUACACGAGCAACACUUCAGCCUUCUGAUUCACACUCUGGUGAAGAGGAUCAUGAAGUGUUGUUCUCACUCAACCUGUCUGCUGAUACGGAUUGUUCUGGAUCCCGUGGGGUAGAGAAUAACCGACCAAAGCUGCCCUUAUUGUGCCUUAGUAAGUAACCAUUUAAAUGCUAUAAAGUGCCUUUCACUUGGAAGGAAAUGACGAAGAGCAGAAGCACACAAUGGAUUUGAGCUUCAGUGCAGAUCACCACAUUACUGUCAUCUGCGGUACAUGCCAACACUGCCACCACAUCUGGACAUCGCCUGUAGUCAGCCUGCAUAGAGGAGAGGAUCACCACAGGGAGGAUUAGAAUAAAGGCCCAAAAGCGUCAAUGUCUAAGACUUCUCCCUCACUCAGUCCACCAUAUUGUACAGGUAAACAGUAACGGGAUGCCUUCCCCUGCCCACCCACAUGCCUCUUCGCACCAGCCUUUGUGCAAAGUGCCUUGGAUACAAAGCAGAUUGCAAACUGAACUAUUUUUGUACAAAAAAUUGUGAAAUAUAUUAAAAGAUUUAUUUCAAAGAAUGAAGUAAUUUGUAAAAUAUAAAUAUAUAUGUAUAUCAUUUAUAACCAGAAUAAAAAGAAAGCUAUUGUUUUGCACUGCAA